AAGGCCCACGCGCUAUCCAUUUGCCUGAUACUCGCGGCGGAGGAUAAAGUGUACUGCCUCCCUCCUGCAGUCUUAUCGGAAAAGGAGAUAACGAAAACGCCGAUGGCCACAAGGCGGCACUCUAUCGUAUCCUCAAGCGUGCACGUGUAAACUCUGCAGGACUGCCGGAUUUCGUUGUGAAACUACGUUCUGCCAAUGAACUCGAAUAGUUCCACGUCAAGCGUCGUCUGAUCGUUGAGAGGAAAAGGCUAAACUGAAGGGUGACCAUCUGCAACCAUCGCUGUCCCGUGAGCUAAGCACCCGAAUAUGAAGCAUGCCUUGUUGGUUCUGUGUGCGCUGACCGCAGGCGCUCAGGCCUGGUUUGGGGCCUCAAUGCGAAGGCUCUACAAUGGGCCAGACAGCAUCCGCAGAGCACCGUCGCAGCUGGGCGACGUGGGCGACCCGCUCUUCCUGACGCCACUGAUCGAAGCUGGCCAGCUGGAGCAGGCGCGCAACCUGAGCCGCGUCGGUUCACUCGGGGCCGUGCCGGACUUCCCGGGAUACUCGGGGUUCCUCACUGUCAACAAGCAGUAUGGAAGCAACCUGUUCUUCUGGUUCUUCCCUGCCAAGGAGAACCCGGAGAAGGCGCCCGUGGUCCUGUGGCUGCAGGGAGGACCGGGCGGUUCCUCGCUGUUCGGACUGUUCGUGGAGCACGGACCGUACUGGGUGGCCAAGGGCGGCGUGCCCGAGCUUCGCGACACCACCUGGGCCCAGCGUUACUCGAUGCUCUACAUCGACAAUCCGGUCGGCGCCGGCUUCAGCUUCACCCAGGACGACCGCGGCUACGCUCGCAACGAGGAAGACGUCGGCCGUGACCUGCACGAGGCCCUGCAGCAGUUCUUCACGCUCUUCCAUGAGUACGCGGCCAACGACUUCUAUGCAACGGGAGAGUCGUACGCCGGAAAGUACGUACCAGCAAUCGCGCACGCCAUCGACACAGCCGUUGCGCCCAGGGUCAAGAUCAACUUGCGCGGCAUCGCCAUCGGAGACGGAAUGGUCGACCCGGAGACCAUGCUCGACUACGCCGACUUCCUCUACCAGAUCGGCCUCGUAGACAGACGACAAGCCGAUUACAUCCGCGCGGAGACUGCUCGGGCCGCUGCCUACAUCAAGCAAGAACGCUACAUGGACGCGUUUCUCAUCUUCGACAAGUUUAUAAACAUAGACAGUCUAUAUGAGCCAUCGUACUUCAAGAAUGUCACAGGUUUAGACUCACAUUACAACUUCCUGCUGUCCACUAACCCUGAGUGUUUCGACUAUUACCAGACAUUCGUUGACACACCCGUUGUCCGCAAGGCCAUUCACGUGGGUAACCUGACUUUCAACAAAGGAGAAGCCACUGAGAGCCACCUUCGGGAAGACAUCAUGCAAUCCGUCAAGCCGUGGCUCGCGUCACUCAUGGACAAGCCGCAGUACAAGGUACUCAUAUACAACGGUCAACUGGACAUUAUCAUCGCGUACCCACUGACGGACAACUUUGUGUACAGCAUCCAAUGGUCGGGCAAGGAAGCUUUCGACAAGGCGGAACGUAAGAUUUGGAAGAGGCCGGACGGAAACGGCGUCGCAGGAUACGUCCGGACAGUUGGAAAUUUCACGCAGGUCCUUGUUAGGGACGCCGGUCACAUCCUGCCCUACGACCAGCCCGACGUUGCGCUCGAUCUUAUCACACGAUUCAUCGACGGGAAGCCCUUCGAUGCGUGAGAUUCUAACGGAGGGCUCGAGUGUUGCUGUCUUUUAAGCAGAAUGUAAAUAAAUAAAAAUCAACAACAAACAGGAUAAACGGCAAUGAGAUGAAAUGUCGCCGCGAAGAAACCACAGGAACACGAACAUUUCGAAGCAGUUUUCUAGAGCUUGCCGGAAAACUGCCGGUUAUUGCAAUCUCAAACAUACUAGUAUAGAACGAGAGAUAAAUGAGAUGCAAAAUGCAGAGAGGAACAUACUAGUAUAAUAAAUAAAAGGUGCUCUGUACGAAAACUGCCUCUGGAGCAGCGAUUCAGGGCCCAGCGCGCACGAUAGCAAUAGUUAAAGAUGAAUGAGUGUAGA